AUGGAAGAAGGCAGCCUGAUAUUAAACAUAGUCAAUUCGGUACCUGAUAAUGACAACAAGAGCUUACGUUCUCAGUGGAAAGAUGCAGGCGGAAGUUGGAAAGAAAAGAACAGAAUUAGAAGAAAUUUGAAGAAAACUUCAUGGAAGGCUAACAAGACAGAGGGAAGCAAUAAUCCAAUAGCUACUACAUCAACUGUGCCAUCACCCAUUACCAAGGAGAGAUCAGAUAAUAAGGUAAAAUUGCUUCCAAGCACGGAGGUAAUUUCUUCUCUUUUCACUCAUAAUCCGGAAAUACCACACUUGCCUCAAUCUCCACGUGAUAACAGCCAUCUGAAUCCAAGUAAUGCUCCAAGUAAAGAUGCACUACCUUUUUCCAGCAUGGGACUGGAUGAUGAUCUCUCUAGGCAUUUAGAAGACGAAUUACAAAUACGACAACCGACCAACAUUCAAUCGAAAGCUAUUCCGUUCAUUCUGGCGAGCGUCAAUGAUCACGGCAGUCACGUCGAUGCGGACGUUAAACCGGCAGAUAUCAUAAUACAAGCCGAAACAGGAUCGGGAAAGACAUUAACAUAUCUGCUUCCUAUAAUUCACUGUCUGUUGCGUUCUUCAAGAGAAGCAAGUAAUCUAUCACGACAGGUGAAUCUUACUCGGUCGAUCGGUACACUAGCAAUCAUACUGGUUCCUACCAGAGAACUUACUAAACAAAUACUGUCUGUCAUCGAGUCUCUGCUUAAGAAAUCGUCGUUUAAAUCAGGACAGAGCCAUUUAUUGCACUGGUUAGUCCCAGGCACUGUUGUAGGAGGUGAGAAUAAGAACCAUGAAAAGAAUAGGAUAAGGAAAGGUAUCAACAUACUAGUAAGCACACCCGGUCGGCUACUAGAUCACUUGCAGAAUACAAAGUCAUUUGCACUCGAUAGUCUUCGAUGGUUAGUACUCGAUGAGGCUGAUCGACUGCUGGAGCUGGGAUUCGAAGAGACACUUGAACAGAUUGUUAAAUUACUCAAAGUAAGAAGCGAAAAUCAUAACAAUUCUCCAAACCCUUUUGCACAAGCUCCAUCGUGGCCCACGUUUAGACGCACUAUUCUAUGCUCAGCCACUGCUAGAGAUGAUAUUCGUCAGUUUGCUGGAUACACACUCGUCGAUCCAGUAUACAUUAACGCAGAUGAUAUUGGAUCUAGCGAUAACGUAGGCGUUAAAGUUGAGGCAGUAGACUCAUCGUCAGACGCUACAAAAUAUUCCACACCAAAGCAACUCAAACAUAAAUAUGUAAUAACGCCUGCCAAAUUACGACUUGUUACCCUGACAGCAAUAUUAAAAUCUACGUUCCGAACUCAUCAUCAUGGACUUUCAACAUGUCGUAAAGUCAUUGUAUUCAUAUCCUGUUGCGAUUCGGUUGAUUUUCAUUUUGAUUUAUUCGCCAAUACUAAUGCAGCCAACAUACUCACGCCAGAAGACGUGGAAGACGUUCAAACGACAGAGACGACGACAGCAAACAUCGAGCAACAUACGAUUGAUUACUAUAAAUCAGUUCGGCUGGUUGGCAGCGUUAUUCCCAAUAUCGGGUUAUAUAGAUUACAUGGGGACCUGCCACAAAUAAUACGCAUAAAGACAUUGCAACAGUUCAGCGAGGCCAAUUCGGGCAUUCUCUUUUGCACAGAUGUUGCGGCCAGAGGACUCGAUCUUCCGUAUAUAGAAAAGAUAAUUCAAUACGAUCCACCGUUAGAUUUGUUGGAUUAUGUACAUCGAGUGGGAAGAACCGCCAGGUUGGGUAAAAACGGAGAAUCAAUCAUAUUCUUAUUACCGAGCGAAAUCGAUUAUCUGAACGUGCUAAGCAGCAUAAAACCCGAAGCGUUGCAAGUGGAAUCCAUAUUGGAGACUUUGGCGUCGUCAAAGCAUAAGGAAUAUGAGGUCGAAGCUACUAAUAUUCAGUUGGAUUUCGAGCGAUACGUUCUUUCGGAUCCAAAGUAUACUGAACUUGCUCGUAUGGCAUUCUUGAGCCAUCUACGCGCAUACGCUGCCCACCCGUCUUCGGAAAAACAUAUAUUUCAUGUUAAAAAAUUACACAUGGGACACAUGGCAAAGAGCUUUGCACUGAGAGACGCACCAUCGAACAUUGACGUCAAUCACAAGAGCAUGGAACAUAAGAAACGUGUUGGACAGAAAAAGGGAAAAGCUAGUGGCAAGAGAAACGAGCUAGAUAAUAAGACGGCGGCGUUAAAAACAAAGCGAAAAUAUGACAACAGUGAAUUUGCUGUUCCCGAUCUGUCAAAUUUAUCAGGACCGACUACCAAAAAAAAGAGAAAAAAAUAA